UUGCUGCUAUUGCUGCUGCCGCAUUCAUUCAUUACGUACCUGCCUUGCCAAUAAUAUGUACAAGCUGUAAAAUCCACAUCUCGACCUUACAUAACGUCCAAACUUGCGUCUUCAUUAUUGGUUCGAGUGCUAAAAGUUAAUUGACCUUAAUUAACUACACGCGAUCACUCUGCGUAAUGCUCUCAUCUUGAGAUGACAUCUAUUGUGUGCUGGCCCAUUAACAACCUUAGUGCGCUGCUACGCUAGACCGCAUUCCUUUGUUCCCCUAACUAUCUGGCAACAAACACAUUUUGGUUUAGGACCAAACAGCGCAACUCCAACAAUCCCAUCACGCAGCUUUGAAAGCUCCGUCAGCCAUGGCAUCCAAGCGCAAGGCUUCGGCAAUGGCUGCGGCUUCGGCUGUUGAUGAGGAACCAGUAGAUCCAACAGACGAGCUGAUGUUUCUCUGUCUAGGAGGUGGAAACGAAGUCGGCCGAUCAUGCCAUAUCAUCCAGUACAAAGGAAAGACAGUCAUGCUCGAUGCUGGCCAACAUCCUGCUUACGAUGGCCUCGCCGCUCUCCCCUUCUUUGACGACUUCGACCUAAGCACUGUCGAUGUUCUCCUUAUUAGCCAUUUCCAUAUAGACCACGCCGCAUCUCUUCCCUAUGUCCUAGCCAAGACCAAUUUCAGAGGCAGGGUCUUUAUGACGCAUCCGACCAAGGCUAUCUAUAAAUGGCUUAUCCAAGACAGUGUCCGAGUCGGCAACACUUCAUCGAAUCUUACAUCACAGCCCGUAUACACGGAACAGGACCAUCUGAAUACCUUCUCUCAGAUCGAGGCAAUCGAUUACCACACAACUCACACUAUCUCUUCUAUUCGGAUUACCCCUUAUCCUGCCGGUCAUGUACUAGGUGCUGCAAUGUUCCUCAUAGAGAUAGCUGGUCUAAACAUAUUCUUCACGGGAGACUAUUCUCGAGAGCAAGACAGACAUUUAGUAUCUGCAGAGGUGCCUAGAGGCGUUAAAAUCGAUGUGCUUAUCACUGAAUCGACUUAUGGAGUAUCAACCCAUGUCCCAAGACUGGAGAGGGAACAGGCAUUAAUGAAGUCGAUCACGGGUAUCCUCAACCGAGGUGGACGAGUUCUAAUGCCUGUGUUCGCUUUGGGCAGAGCUCAAGAGCUGUUACUAAUCUUAGAUGAGUACUGGGGUAAGCAUCAGGAAUUCCAAAAGAUUCCCAUCUACUACGCUAGCAAUCUAGCACGAAAAUGUAUGGUUGUAUACCAGACGUACAUUGGGGCUAUGAACGACAAUAUUAAACGUUUGUUUCGAGAACGGAUGGCAGAAGCCGAGGCUGCAGGAGAUGGUGCGGGUAAAGGCGGUCCUUGGGAUUUCAAGUAUAUUAGGUCUCUCAAAAGUCUUGACAGAUUUGACGACGUUGGCGGCUGCGUCAUGCUUGCAAGCCCUGGUAUGUUGCAGAACGGUAUUAGCAGAGAGCUGCUGGAGAGAUGGGCACCGAACGAGAAGAACGGAGUUAUUAUCACAGGUUAUAGUGUCGAAGGUACCAUGGCCAAGUAUAUCGUCCAGGAGCCAGACCAGAUUCAGGCCGUCAUGUCGAGGAGUGUCAAUGCCGUGCGGAGGGCCCCUGGUGGCGAUAGCGAGAAAGUUAUGAUACCUCGAAGAUGUAGCGUUGCCGAGUAUUCUUUUGCCGCGCACGUCGACGGCCAAGAAAAUAAGGACUUUAUCGAAGAAGUCGGAGCUCCCGUGGUGAUUUUGGUGCAUGGCGAGCAGCACAAUAUGAUGCGGUUGAAGUCCAAGCUAUUAUCAUUGAACGCGGGGAAAACAGAUAAAGUCAAAGUGUUUAGUCCUAGGAAUUGUGAAGAACUACGCAUCCCAUUCAAAACCGAUAAGGUUGCUAAGGUAGUCGGCAAACUUGCGUCGAUACCCCUCCCAAAGCAUUUACCUUCGCCUGACGACCAAAACACCGAACUGGUAGCCGGAGUCAUCGUUCAGAACGACUUCAAGAUGUCGCUAAUGGAUCCCGAGGACUUGCGCGAAUACGCGGGUCUUACGACUUCUACGAUCGCGUGUCGACAGCGAUUUACCUUGAGCGCAGCUGGUAUCGACCUCAUCAAAUGGGCUCUCGAGGGCACGUUUGGUAGCAUCGAGGAACUUCCGGAGACUAAGAAUCGAAAGGAGAUCUCCGAGAACGAGGAGACAAACGGGGAUGACAAGAAGACCGAAGCAGACGAAGAGAUCGCCCAGCUUGUUGCGGCAUACCUGGUCAUGGGUUGCGUCACGGUGCGAUAUCGCAACAACGGUGAGGUGGAACUGGAAUGGGAAGGCAACAUGCUGAACGACGGCAUUGCCGACGCCGUCAUGGCUGUUCUACUAUCUGUCGAGAGCAGCCCUGCUGCUGUGAAGCGAUCUGCAAACAAGCAUUCCCACUCCCACGAGUUGCCGGUCCGCAAUCCUCACGCCAAUCUCACGCCGGAGGAGCGGCUGGAACGCCUGUUCAUGUUCCUCGAGGCACAGUUCGGCGCCGACGCGCUUACACCCAUCACAGUGCCCAAACUGCCGCCUCUAGUCAAGGACAAGAAGCCCAAAAAUUCAGAUGGCAACGACGAAGACGCCGCUUCCGAUGCGUCUAUGGAACUGUCAGAUGACGGCGACGAAGAGGAGCGGCUCCUAGAGCUGCGGCGGAAGACGGAGCUCGAGCGUCUGCACAAGAUCGGCAUUCCCGUGCCGGGCGUUACUAUCAAGGUGGACAAGAUGGUGGCUACGGUCUGGCUCGAGGAUCUCGAGGUGGAGUGCCAGCACAAGGCGUUCGCUGACCGGGUCAAGGCUGUUGUUGAACGGGCUGUCGAGAUCACGGCGCCGCUAUGGGGCUGAUAUCAUCGUCAUCCUUCUCCUGUCCUAAGAUGAUUAAGAUGAGAUCGCGGAUAAGAGGCUAAGUCGUCAUGCACAUAUGUACACUAUUACUAAGUUUAUGAGUUCUGAGGCUACGUAGGUAGUGGAGUGGAUUUUGCGAGCUGGGGAGGAUAUGAUAUGGCACGACACAGCCGUGCCGGGUCCGAGAUGUGGUCAUGAGAUAGGCGCGCGCGAGAGGUCUUAUGAGGAGGCUACGGAUUAACCUAGGUUCUGCAACGUCUGCAUAUCAUACAUACCUCCUUAGGCCUAGGCACAUUUCCCAUCAGUGGCGGGUGUGAUGUUUGAACAUCGCCAUCUUUCAAUAGCCGGGUUAUGUCCUUGAUGAGUAAAGAACAAGAAUUAUACCUCGAUGAGUAACAUGAUUCUCGAUACUUGUACGUGACCGACUCGGAGGCUCAGGCGAGGGGAAUCCGUCCGAUGUCAUUCCGUGAUCACCGCAUAGGUCUAACAAAUUGUACAUGUGCCGAUUUAUGUUAUGCCUUACAUCUAUAUGUACAAGUUGGUGUACACUGCUUCGACACUGCUUCGACACUGCCAAGGUUAAAACUAUUCUGGCGGUUGGGAUUUACUUAUAGUCCGAAAUUCAAGUCCUGGCCCCUUAUUCAAUGGCUUAUUCAAGUGCUGUAGGUAGGCAACGUACAUCAGACUGAUG